UCUUUAUCACUCUAUCAACAUAUAGAUUAUCAUGCCUCGAAGAUCUUAUGAUCGUUAUUUAGCUACAAAGGCUUUACGUCGUAGAGGUAGUAUAGUCGAGAGUGAAACAGAUCUUGACUCUGUAUUCUCACAUUCAACUCAGUUAUCAAAUUCUUCACAACUUUCUCAUUUCACUCAUCCACAAUCAAGAUCCAAUAGGUUCUCUCCAUCUCCCAUUCCUAAAUUACGAAGUUUAUCUUCCACUUCCUCUAGACCUAGUGUCUUGAGGCAUUCUUCAACUGAUCGACAUUCGUUUUCAAGUCCAUUCGCCCCAGUAUCUACUCAUUCUCCAAAUCUUUCAUCUACUCAUACAACUUCCACUUCGAAUCGGAAUCUUCCAUUUCUCUCUAACAACUAUGAAAACCCGAGAUAUGAUACAAUUUCCAAAGACACUUCAAAUAUCCCAGGACCCUCUAAACCAUCUUUCAAUCCGGAUUUUCAAUCCUCUCAACAUUUCGAUCCUCGAUAUCUUCACGCUAAUUCUAAUUCCCAUUCCUCCAAACAACUAGACCAAUCUGGUUCUAAUGGUUCGGAUCACCACGAUACAGAUAUCGCAAGAACCCAACGAGCGGAAAGACGAGAAAGAAGGAAAAUCGUCAAGAGAGAAAAAAGUACUCUUUUAGGUGAAAAAUAUGAUAGUCCCAUACGUCGAUAUUUAAGAUGGAUGGCAAGUCUUCAUAUGUCUAAAUGGGCAUUACCAAUUGCGCUCAUUGG